AGGCAUAGUCAGUUAAAUGUCGGCCGAGACAACUUUGUCAAAAAUUAGGAUUUCAUUCGCUCGAGUUCUACAAUUAUUCUGCGAGUUUCUGCAAGGAAUUCUGUAAAGAUCAGAUAAAUAUAUUUGUGUGGUACUUAACAAUGUCGGGGUUGGAACAAUGGAAUCGGAGGGACAGUGCUGUGUGUCGUCUAAAAGAGUUCCUGUUGCGAGAACGCCCCCCGAACGCUAGAGAGAGUCUAAACUCGUCAGACGGUUCGGAUGAAAGCUUCUCUUUGGAUCUCGAUGAAAGUUUUCAAAAAGUGCUAAGCGCCCAUAUGAAAAAAAGAAAUAAUAUCGUGGAGGACAAAGAGAACUUGUACAAAACAGCAUGUGAAAAUACUCUCUACGCAACAAUUAAUCAAACAGUAGCGGAAGCUACAACCGAUAGGUCCGAAACUGUGUACAGCUUCAAUGAUUCUACAAUAAUAGAAGAUACUUCCAACGAUUCCGACGAUUGCUUUGAAGAAUUGGAAAGGAUGUGUGAUAAGACAUUUUCAGAUCCCGAUAAUACAAUCCACCAAUAUCUGGCCAAAAAGAAGCUUGAGAAGUGUAGCCUUAACAAAGAAAAUGAAACUGUUAACAUCUCACAACCUUUGAAGGAAGCUAACAGGCAAUUGAAUGCGAGCAAGGUCGAUUCAGGAGAACAAUUGAACGAUAUUGAAGAACCUUCGGGAUUAUGGGACAUCACAAUUGCUGGUGAUAUAUCGGGCAUUCAAUUUACCCCCAGCAAGCCAACGAAGUUUCAACCAGUAAUAACGGCAAUCAGAGAAGAAAGUAUAUCUAAAUUAUCGAAUCAAUUUUCGAAUUUGGGAGGUUCUAUGCAUGGGGCUGAAGAAAACUCAUAUAAGUCGCGUAGUGCUAGUGAAUCUGGUACUGAUGAAUCUCAGAAAAGUACAAUUGUUUUCGGUGGAAAAGAAGCGGAGAAAGAUGUUGAUACUACAAUUUUGAUUAAUUUGAGUUGUCCUCAGCUAGAUGACACUUUAUAUGAUGAGAAAACAACGACGACAGAUUGUUACAUUACAGCUCAUGAUACUUUCCCGACUUCGGAAGUAAGUAGAAACAAUUCAAAAAAAGUACAUCACAACGUAGAUUCGUUGAUUACAAGAGAUGGUGAAAAGUCAUUUGCGAAUCAUGCAAAAGAUCUUUUGAAAGAUUUUAGUCGAACUCCAAAGCAAAAAACAUCUCAACAAAAAUUCAACGUCACGCACGAUUUGAUCGAUUUAGACGCCUCUCUGCAUGUCCCAAUUAAAGAGGAAGAGAAUAUCACUGAUUUAUUUGCAACCAAAGCAGAUGACACAAUUAUUUUACUUUCGGACGACGAAGAUCACGAAGCACACAACACUGCAUUCUCUUUAGACAUGGAAGAGUCGCAGACAGACUUAUCAGGAAUGGAGUACAACGAAAAGCAGCUCACCUUCAACGACACCUUGGAAGAAGUGGAUUACAUACUUAAGCAGGGAAUGAAAUAUAUGGCAGAAAAUCAGGAGCAGCUUAAACCUCUGAAGAAAGAAAGGUUUCCAAGUCCUGCGCCAUUCUCACCACAAACACCGCAGACAGUCAUCAAAAAGCCGAAACCAUUCCUUUCACAUGAAAAACCAAAGAAUUUGGAAGAAUUUAAACGGCCGCUUGGUACUAGCAGAAUCCCACAUUGUAAAGCAGCGACGGUUGGAAAGAAACCCGCUUUUUUCAAACAUAUUGUCAGCCCGGUUGGAGCAUAUAUUAAUAAUACUCCGCAAGUACCAUUCAAGGUAGAUUUUAAGGCAACAACUAACGUGCUCCAACCGAAAGCAGCUCGCGGUUUAGAUUAUGGUGCGAAGGACAGUAGUUGUAAGAAGAAAGAACAGCCAUCGAAGGAAUGUUUCUCCAGUUUACCUAAGAAGGCGUAUAUUUCGUCUGAGGUUAAACACGUUGUUGAUCAACGCAAACCAGUCACAAUUCCUGGUGGAGAAAAGAUACAUAGAUAUCUACAGCCUAUUAAAGUUCCAGCAGUUAUACGGCAUGAAGGCAAAAUCAAAUCAAAUAUUCCGUCGGCACAUCAGCGGGCUCCUUCGAUAAACAUGGUAAACAAUAGUUUAGCUGAUUUGUCAACGGUUGCGGGUGAUAUAUCACUACAUGUUCUGAAAGAUGCGAAGCGAAAUUUAAAACAUUGAGGGAAAUUUUUAUUUAUUUUAAUGUGAAAACUGCGGCAUGUAUAAAGCUGUUCUUGUGGUGAUUUACAGUGUUUAUAUAUAUUAAUCUAUUGUAUUGUAUAUGAAAUGUGUUAAGAUUUAAGGAUCAACAUUUGAUUUAUCUCGUAUUUUUUACAGCUUAGAUUGAAUAAAGACAUUUUAAUGAUUAUAAUUAUA